GAUUGCUGCUCUGCCUCACUCGUUACUCACAUACUGACAGAGCAAGUAAGCCUACACAGCCAGGGAAACCGAGAGGGAUCUACGCAACUUCACCACAUCAUCCCCUCUCCUCUGUUUGAUAGAAACUCUUAUAAUUCAUCAUGAAGGAAAGGAGACUCACACAGCCUUUUGUCGCGAGGUGUAAACUCGUGCUGGUCGGGGACGUCCAAUGCGGUAAAACAGCGAUGUUACAGGUCCUGGCUAAGGACUGCUAUCCAGAGGUAUGAGCAGUCAUUUAUCAUGUCUUACAAUGUAUUUCUAUUGAUUAUUCAAAGAUAUAGCUCUGGUUUCCCUCUCAUGGAAGAGAAUUAUUAUUAUAGAUUUUUUUAAACAUGAUGAUAAUAUGCCAGAUAGACUCCAAAUGCUGAAUGAAAAAUAGUAUUUUUAUUGUUUUAUUGUGUAGCUUUACCUGUGGAAAAGUUAAUUUCAGGGUGUGAUUUCAUAUUUUCAGCCAACUUGAUUCAUUACUCAAUGACAGCUGUGGGAUCCUCACAGUAUAUUAUAUUGUAGCACUGUUAUACCUAUCAUCUGGUUAUUUCUACUGGGUAGUUUAGUGUCCCUAUUCUGCAAUUUAUGAUGUAAUUUUCCAUUUUUAUUUCAUCAAUCUUGUCCUAACGCUUGCCUGUAUUUUACAUUUCUAGACUUAUGUCCCCACUGUGUUUGAGAACUACACAGCCUGUCUGGAGCUUGAAGACCAGCGAGUGGAGCUCAGUCUUUGGGACACAUCAGGUGAGACACAUUUGAUUUGUUACCGAUAGUUUAACAGUAAAGAAAGACCGUGAGCUCAUCUCUCUCGACCAAUUCGAGAAUCUCAGCAUGUGCAUUCAAGCAGUGAGUCAAUAGGUCAGUUUCAGGAGUGUGUAUUCCCACCCGACGACACAGUCAGCCCGGAGUCGAGUGACAACUCAUUGUUUUACAAAAACAGAGUUGUUGCUGUUUACCUCCACGCCACUAUCUGCCAAUCCUGUUUUGAUGAAGUUAAGCAGCUUUUCACUGGUGUGAAAUCUGUUGAGAGAUCUUCCUUGGUGAAUUGUGGCAGGCAAUAACAACAAGUCUGUCUUGUUUACCCACAGCGCAACUGGGGACAAGACCAACAAUAUAACAUCAUUCAUCAGUAUGUUUAAUUUAUGUGAAUUUCUUUGUAACUCAAGGCUUGAGAUUGAAAAACAACUUAAGUUUCCCAUAUGUCCUCUGGGCCAACGUAAUAUACAGAUAUCUGGUAUGAGAGGAUGUCAUCAUACUUUGCAUUUUGUAUGUUAUGUAAAUCUGUGUUUCUGGAUGAAAAAGUGUGAAUGAAACAGCACAUUUUCGCUGCCAGAGCGAAUAAUAGAUGAGCUUGAAGAUUUACAGUCCCCAGCAGUGGUGCGCUCAUGCUGUUUGAGGGGCAGGGGCGAGAAAUAAAGGGCACCAUAUGCCAGUGGGCAUCAGUGCAGUAGGUUGCGAUUAAUUAAGAACUAAUACGAUCUUAUUUAAAGCUCUUCAGUUUGUUUUUUUUCUCUCCUUGGCACUCGUUAAUCAAAAGAAAGUACAACAGCAGGGCCAGAUCUAGGAUUAAAUGGGGGUGGGCUGGUGAAGAAUUUACAGGGGGGCCCCUGGACAACAGGAAUUCAGCAGGUUAUAAAUCCCUGAUAACUAUAUUGUAGGUUUUUUAAGUAUAGUAAAGCACAAAUAAUCAAAUGGGGGUCUGAGUAUACACCUUUAAGUAACUGUGAGCAGCUAACACUAUAUUUCCUGGAUUCCGGUGAGUAUUAGGGUCAUAUUUUGUGGUGUAAAUUGAAUAAUGUAAAAGCUAGAACACUUGAUUUUAAUAGAUAUUUAAUAGAUAUAAGGAUAAAGCUCACGUUCCAGCUCAAAAGUCAAUCAUACUCAGGUCCCACACUCAAAAAAGAGAAAGUGGGUAAAAAGUUGAUUUAAGACCUGAUGAGGAACUAUUUUUCAUUUAGAUUUGAUCCUUUUAAAUGCUUUAUAUGCAUGUCACUUAAACAUAUUUUUGACUUUGGGAUGGGUGGUAGACCAAGAGUAAUAUCCGCCCCUUAAGCAUUGCAACCACUUGUCCCCAUUAUGGAAAUUUUAAAUGUGGGUCAUUUUAAAUGUUUAAUAGGGCAGCCUACAAAGAAUGACCUUAAAUCUAUAGGGGAUUGUUUUUAAAUAGGAUCAAUCAAAACGUCAUGUGCUCUGGUAUAGAUUUAUUUCAUAACAGCUCUGGUUGAGGCCUUGAGUACGGAGGAAGUCGCGCAGUGCCAAUUGGCCCACAGAGUCCUUGUUUCACAGGGGGGAGAGGGGGAAGCCUCGUCCAUGCAGGGGGUGGAAGUCUCUGAGAGUGUGGGCAAGAGUGUGCGUUGCUGUGUUGCAGCGUUUGUGUGUGUGUGUGUGUGUGUGUGCGUGCUUGGCUGUACAGUCAGAGAGAACAGAAGGCACAAGUGAGGGAUACUGUGAGAAAAGAUAUGCAUGACCUCCUCACUGCCUUCUGGUGUGUGCGCUGCCUAAAAAAAGUCUUAUGCAACUGAAACCAGCAGAGAACUAAUGUAGGUUUGUGUGUUCAUCUCCCACGGAGUAAAAACUUUCUGGACAGUCACUCUUUCCUGUGAAAACAUUGCAUAAGACCUAUUUACAUUUUCAGCACACAAACAGAAGAUUCCCAUCACCCUCAAGUGUCUGUUCUUCUGUCUCAUUAUUGUACUCUGUAUGAUCUUUGAUAAGAUAUUAGGACUGGGGGUGAAGGCUGCAAAAACAGCCCUACUAGAAAGAAGCAAAUUCUUCUUAUAUUUAAUCAAAUAAUCUUGUAUCAAGCAAAAAAAUCUGCCCUUUUUCGCUUGACAAGAAUUCUCAAAAUAAGAAUAAAUUUAUUGGCCCUGACAGACUCAAAUGAAGCUUAAAACUAGACUAGACUAGAAUUUUUUCAACAGCAAGCAAUGAAAACUGAAGAUGAAGUUACUUAAAAUGAGAAUUUCUGCUCCUUGAAUAAAUGAGCAUCAAGAAAAUACAGCUUAAUCUAGGAUGACAGUAGUUCAAAUAAGACAUAAUUUCUUAAAACAGCAUAGCAAAUAUUAAUGUUGUCUUAAAUCAAGAUACCAAAACAUUGUUGUUCAGACUAGCCGACUGACAUCUUUAUAUGUCGGAUAAUGUUUGAGGCAGCAGAAUCUGUCAGGUUCAGAUGACCUGCAAUGGAAAUCUUAAUAAAACAAAAAUCAACUGUUCUUGUUUCGUGGCAUUCUUAAAUUGAGAAGUUGUACAUAUGUCUUACUCUUAAAAUGAGACGAAUGAUCUUGUUGCUCCGCCAGUGUUGUUUUCGUCAACCCCCCUUUUUUUCCACGACGAAGACGUGACGUUGACGAGCUAGACCUAAGUCUUAGAUGACUAAAAUGUGACGAGACGAAUGUGCGUUUACGUUGACGAGACUAGACUAAACAGUUAGUGGUGGACGACGAACAGAGUUGCGAAAUUCCUGAGUAUUUCGUCAGUCAAACGCUAAACAUAUAUAUUCUGCAGUGUUGUUUUUGUUGACGAUGCCGAAAUAUUUUUGUCGACGUUAUGGUCAACGAAAACGACACUGUGCUCCACCCGAUUUUAUUGUAAAACAUUUUUCUACUGUAUUUCUGGUUCAUUCUAUCUCAAAAUUAGCUGGAAUAUCUUAUCACGAAAAUGUUAGCCAACUUGUCUUAAAGUUGGAUAUUUUUUUCAAAUGCCACACAUAAUUGACAAGAUUAAUUCUUUUUGUACAAAAAAUAAGACUCAUUUCCUUAAUACAAGGCUGUUUUCCUUUGUUGAAAUUGCUUUUUUUGCAGUGUAGAGUGAAAACUGUCAAGUGCUUGUACACAGUUAAAGCCCCUGAACCCUCUAAAACAUAUGUCUAGAUUCAUAUUUUGAUUUUAUAACCACUUAAGACUUCAGGAAACUUGAGACAUGAGAAAAUUGAGAAAAAUUGUGGAUUCUUGUUUUAAAAAUAAUUUAAAUUAUAUUUUACUCUUUCACAGAUCUACAAGUUUUAUAUCUAACUAGUAACAUUUACUGAUUUUUUACAUUCUCACAUGAGCUUUAAACCAUUUAGAGCAAAUUUCCUUCACAAAAAAGUUCAUUUGUUUCUCAUUUUUCAGUUUCCAAGCACGCUUAUGAAACAGAGAGCAAACUGUGUAGCUCAUUGUUCCAGGUGUCUUGUGAUAUAAUCUUGCUCUUACAAAACAGAACUCAAAAGACUUUCAUGUGUACCUUAAGAUUUCUCACAUCGGUGAAUCACUUAGUGCUGCCGCCGCCGUUUUAUCCAGCACAUCUUUCACGGUCUAACCCUGUCUUUUGAAAGAAGAAAGUCCAAGUUCUUUCAUUUGCCUGUUUUCUUGAGAUUAGAGAGGGCAGUCUCGGGGAAUAAACUAAUAUUUGCUCAACUGAAAAGGAUUUAGUGUGUAUAUGUUUGUGUUUGCAAGUGUUUGUGUGUCCAGGCGGGGGGCUGUCGAUGUGUGGGAGGCGGUGGGUGCCAGAAGUUGUGUCCUCUUUAGAUCUUUCUGCCUCCUCUUUCUCAAGCCUUACAUCACCCUGGUUGGUUAUGUGACGGCCGCUUUGAUUCCCACCAAAAUAAAAUGUUAUUGAUAGAUCAAGUUGUGUAAGUAGCCCAGUCCUACUUUUACCGAUUCAAGUCAGAGAUUCAGACUCUCUGAGUAAACCAGCGGGGCCUUCAAUUUCACCACCUCUUAGUGAUGAUAUUAUGGUAGAAAUCCUUUUUCUCGUUGUCACGGGAGACCGCCGAUUUAUUCAACACUACAUGACUGUUAGUUAGUUCCGGUCGGGUCUUAUUAGAAGUAUCUAUCCCUGAUAUAAUUAUACCCUUUUAUAUUUGCAAGGAAAUCCUCUGAUUCGGAUGUUACCCCUAAGGACAGCAGUAGGAAAUUAAAUCCUAGUGCUGCUGUGUGGGGAGUGAUUAGGUAGCAGAGGGAAGACAAUAGAGAGCGGACAUCCUGUCAGUCUGUUUUUAGCCCGAGAGCCUUCCUGAGAGUAAAAAAAGCUUCAACAUAAAGCUGUGCUGUUUAUGGAAAUCUGAGGAAAAAUGUGUUUUCUUCUCGCUGUUACCCUCAAUUUCCUCAGAGAAGGUGUUGUAUUCAUAAGGCGGUUAUAAGGUGAGGUGACGGUCAGUCCCUGUUAUCAAUGUGAAAACUUAGUGGAUUUGUAAAGAAGUGGCCUUGAAUGGCGAAAAAAAAAAGACCUUUUCAUCUUUUAUGUCCCUGAUAUAAAGAACAAACUGUACUGACAUGGAUUAAAAUAACCUAACAACCCGAGAAUCCAAGCCAAACCAACAGAUCAGACAAAGAAGAACUUAAAAUGCCAGUUUAGUUUGCAGGACAUCUGGUACUUUUCUUCUUAUUCAACUCAAGGUUUUAGGAAUUAGAGUUGUGCAAUCGACUAAUAAUAAUGAGAAUAAAACAGUCUGUGAGUGUUUCAGCGCUGCCUGUGACUCAGUCGGCUAGUUUUCUUUGCUGGACAAAUUCUUGUCAGUGGGCAGGCGUCAAGUUUAGUGUAAUUAUUUGCUCCUUUAUCAGUUUGGCAGAGGUGGAUGUGACUGUUUGUGUUUGUACAGUGUGAAAGUGAGGAGGACGGUUGUAUAAAGGCAUUAUAAAAGUGUCAGCAGGAUAUGGACAUCAGUCAUGAGGGUCUGUUGACGGGGUGAAAACUCAAUCAGAGGUUUUUUCAUUUCCAAAGAUGCUGUUUUGAGCCAAGUGAACCACUUUUUUCUGCAUCAUAUGUUAAUGUGACAGUGUGAUGUUGUCACUGAGCCUCAUGACUUUACUGUCUGUCUGUCCAGGUUCUCCGUACUACGACAAUGUGAGACCCCUCUGCUACAGCGACUCAGACGCAGUGCUCUUAUGCUUCGACAUCAGCCGACCAGAUAUAGUAGACAGCGCCCUAAAGAAGGUAUCAAUAACAUUAAUUUCAUUAUUUCCUGUCUUUAACUCUAAUUUACUCUUUUACAGCAUCUUUCAUUCAAAUGUUGAGAUAUGACGUCUUCUGUUCUUCUCACAGUGGAAAGCAGAGAUCCAAGACUUCUGUCCCAGCACACGGAUCCUAUUAAUAGGCUGCAAGACAGACUUGCGCACAGAUGUAUGUACACGCAUGGAGCUGUCCAAUCAGAAACAGACGCCCAUCUCCCAUGAACAGGUUUGCUCCAUCACAAUCCUUUCUUAAGGUCCUUACACAUCGGGAACGAUGCAAAUACGCGACACGAAAUUUCGAAAUAUUUGGAGGCGAAUGUGAAAAUACAUAUGGUAUGUUGUAUCUGAACAGGUUAGCUUACGAGCUAAAGUUACUUAGCGCAGAUGAAAGUUAAAACAAAGACGUUUAGCAAAAUGUUAAAGCACACAAACUAUCGUCAUAUGAGAGAUCCGGCACUAUGACUCUCCACAAGUUGUCCUUCAGGUUGUUAUCUUUGUAAUAUUUGUGUGUGUUUGUGUCUUUUAUCAAAAAGCACUCUGUUCCCUGACAUGUAAACAAUCAUUCGGUUGGCCAUGUUGGAUAUAACGGUGAAUCUGAGGUUGCAACAACACGCAUGGGAAACUUGACGUCCAAAAUGAUCGCACAAAAAAAAAACGCUCCCGGUGUGAAAGGACCUUUCCCCUUCAUGUCCAUUUCUUGUCUCUUGUCUAUCUUUGGUAAUCCUACAAGCUCCACUUUGUUAAGCUCAGUUUUCUUCUUCAGGGUUUGUCCUUGGCGAAGCAGCUCGGAGCAGAGACUUACCUGGAGUGCUCCGCCUUCACGUCAGAGAAGAGCAUCCACAGCGUUUUCCGUACCGCGGCCCUGGCCUGUGUGAACAAACUCCAACCUGCCAGUAAACCCAGCCCGGUCCGCCGCCUCUCUAAGAGACUGUUACACCUGCCAAGCAAGACAGAGCUGCUCUCUUCCACCUUCAGCAAGGACAGGUCCAAGAGCUGCUCCAUCAUGUGAGCGCGGCUGAGGCGGUGCUGCAAAUGAGAGACAAAAGGACAAGCAGAUGGUUUAGCCGGGGUCGGGGGUGUGCAAGGGAAAGAGACUCCUGCGUCUCUCUUUCUUUUACAGCAUCCUCCCCAAAACUCCCAGAAAGUAACUUCUACCUGAUCUAUAACCAACGUUGAACUUUUUAUCAUGACUUAGCACCAGCACGCACAGUGCAGUGACAGACAUGUUGAGAAAUUUCCUUCAGCUUUCCAUGUCUAUACAAAAAGGGCAUAACUGGCACUUUAAAGUAUAGAUGCCUCACAUAAAGGUUUCGAUGAGAGGAGAGAGGUCAGCGCUUCACCUUUACUGCUGCUGGAAAGUGGUUGUAAACACAGCAUUUGACUGCAUUACCCCGAUGAAACCUAUUUGAAAUUCUGAUAGCGGCUUCCUCUCCCAUCCAUCUCUUUAACUGAAUGUCUUCUUAAGGUCACGAUUCGAGCUGAGUGACGAGAUGAAACGUAAAAUCUGACAGUGACAGGAAGCUGUAUCUACAGAAAUGCGUCUUGGCGGGAUUCAAAACAGUGGCUCUUGAAGAUAUUAUCCUUCGCUGACCCCUCGCUGUGUUUCAUUUUGGAAAUUAAAGCUGACAACAGAGAAAAGGGAGGAGAGAGAGGGAGAGAAAAGGGAGGGAUUUGGCAAGCAGGAGCGUUCAUUUGCGAAGGCGGUGGGAGGACGAAGCGAGGGCUCAUCUUAAGGAGCACAGUGUGACUCAGCACUCACAUGAGCCACCGAAACAAGUCUGGGGUGGACAUGUUGUGACAAAUAAUCCUAAAAAAAAAAUCCAGGCCAUGUGAAGACGGCCUUGUUGUGUUUUUGACAGAUUUUCAACACCCAUGGUUUCAGCAGUCUCAGUUUUUUCAAUGCGAUGAAAAACUGUCAUGUUGAAUUUACGUUGCACGGUCUCUAAAACAAACAAAUUUCCUUCCACACGUUUGGAAUUGAUUUUUUUUUAGUGUACUGAGAGGAGUCUUUGUCUAAUCAAUAUGUGAGGAGAAACAGUCCUGAGUGUUGAAGUUGGACUGUAAAAGUGAAGAUCAGCGUCUUUUAUUUGUUAUUCAAGAUGGUUCUUGUGCCGUUUCCAGUCGGGAUCGCUGAAUUCAUGAUCCUCAAACUGAGAGGUGAAAAGUUAAAGUGAAAUCACCCAAACAGGCUGGUCCUGAGUGGAGAGGAGUUGUUUCUUCCUUUCUUUAUGCAUCAGAAAUUUCCUUUUUACCUCCGCCAAGGAGGUUAUGUUUUCGGUAACGUUUGUUUGUUUGUCUGUUAGCAACUUUACAGAGAAAGUUACAGACGGAUUGACCUGAAAUCUUCACCAGAGGUGCGUCUCAGCCCCAAGAGGAUCCCAUUACAUUUUCGCCUUCUGGAUCCAGGAAUUUUUUGAAGGAUUCUUUAUCAUUGUGAGAUAGGGCAAAUUUUGGAAUUUUGGCAUUUAACUCUAUAAAAAUGGCCAGAGUCUUUAGUAAAAAAAUUACACAAAAGGAUCUCAAUGAGUUUUAUGAGGUGUCAAAGGUUGAUCCUGAUCCAGACAAAAUUCCAGAUACUGUGAUCCAGAACACACAAAAAUAAGGGUGUCGUUGGAAUUUUCAAUGCUGAAAGAUAACCAAUCGGCGGCACAGUGGUGUAGAUGGGUGGCACAGUGGUGUAGUGGUUAGCACUGUCGCCUCACGGCCAGAAGGUCCUGGGUUUGAAUCUGGGUCAGGGCAUUUCUUGUUUUAGGAACAUUAUGAACAGUAAACAUACCAGUUUAAAUACAAAUAAAAGACACGUAACAGUAAAAGUUUUGGUGUGAAUCACAACAUAAGGGGGGACAUGAGCUGCUUGGCGGAGGUCUGCGCUCUCCGAGUGCUUUUCUAGAUUUCUGUUUUUUUGAAGUCUUUGCGACUUCCCUGAAAACUCAUUUGAACAUUUUCUAUCUCUCGACUGUGUUUUUUCUUUAUGGGUGUAUCUACUUGCUCGUGGAUGUCAGUGUGUUUUUUUUGACUAGAUGUUCUUAGUGUAUCCACUUGAGUCCUCUAGCAUUAGCAGCUGUUGACAGCUCAGCUAAUGGAGGACUUGAUGAUUAGUGGGUCUGCAUCAAGAAGCCCUGAGUCUUCGGGAUGUACAGAACACCAGACUUUGACGUGUUGCCUAGCAACAGUGCAAGCAAGUUGGAGGGGGGGUAGGCCUGAGGUUCACGACUGACAGAGAGGGGAGGGUCGGCUCUCUAUAAGGGCACCUCACCUUUUAUUUGUAGCAUUAGAGAGGGGACGGGACCGAGGCGACGAGCCGGGUGUUCGAGGUAGCAGCGGGCUGCUCGUGAUCUCACUGCGGUUUCCUGAAGACCCCUCUGGUGGGCCACGAGUGGGUUCUUAGACUGAGCAUGCAAACUUAAAGAUGCCUCUGUAGCUCUGCUUCAGUCAUUAUUUCGUCUUUCUUCUUGUCUGAUGCAUUGUGCCAUCCUCAAUGAGCUUUUUUUGGAGUGAAUAAGCAGCCGUCAGUUGAGUUUUAAUCUCCUUUUUUUUACCAUUUCUUGACAGACAGACUUUGUUUUUUGUACAUAUUUCUGCCUUUAACUCUGUUUUUUGAACAAAUGAAAAGAAUGUUACUAAAGCAGAACACAAUGCCUGUCGAGUCGCCGUUGAAGGCUUAAAUUAAUGAUUGAAUUCUGUAUUUGUUAUGUCAUACACUACUUUCUUUAAACCUUUAUUUAAAUAAAUACAUUGUAAAGUCA